CAUCAAAUCAUCCGCUGCACAAACACAUAAGCAAAAAAUCAACACACUCGCAAAUUAUUAUAUUCUCAGAUCGAUUUUUCUCGGAUGAAGCUUCGAUCAGCAUCAAUGGCAGAUUCUCAUCAAUAAAUCAGGAGAGAGAAAGAUAGAGAGAGAUUGGCGACGAAGAUGGAUGUAGAGAGAUCAUCGCUGUGCAAUUGUGUGGUGAACUUUCUAUUAGAAGAGAACUACUUGUUGUCUGCUUUUGAGCUACUUCACGAGCUUCUUGAUGAUGGUAGAGAUGCUCAAGCUAUUCGGCUCAAGGAGUAUUUCGCUGAUCCUUCACUAUUCCCUCCUGAUCAAAUCUCUCGCUUCAAUUCUCUCCGAGCAGUUGCAGAUCCUCAGAGUUUGUUGGAAGAGAAACAAGCACUACAUGAAAAAUUGUCAUUAUGUGAGUAUGAACUUCGGUUAGCUCAAGAAGACAUUUCAAAAUUGAAGGAAGAAUUGCAGAAGAAAGCGGAAGUUUCAUCACUUGAAGUCAACAGUACAAAUGGAAGUGUUUCUUUUGACCCAUCUCUUGAUAUAAGAAGACAGAAGAACGGCACCACGCUGUCAAACUUAGGACCUGUGAAGGAUAACGAAAGACAAGAUCUUAACUGUGCUGUGAAGGAAUACUUACUCUUGGCAGGGUAUCGUCUGACUGCAAUGACAUUCUAUGAAGAGGUGACAGACCAAAACCUGGAUGCUUGGCCAAAUUCACCAGCAUGCGUGCCGGAUGCUUUGCGUCAUUAUUAUUAUCAGUACCUUUCGUCCACUGAAGAGGCUGCUGAGGAGAAAAUUGCAAUGCUUAAGGAAAAGGAGUCAUUGUUUAAGGAGAAUGAGAAGCUGAGCCAUGAGAAGGAUUGCUUGCUGAGGAACAAAGAAGUAGCUGAUGAUCAAAUAACAGCUUUAACAAAAUCAAUCGAUAGCUUACAGAAGGAAGUGAAGGAGAAGGAUAUUUUGGUGCAAAAAAUGAAGCAGUUGUCUGAGAGCCAAAGAAAAGAACUUAAUGACUGCAGAGUGGAGAUAACUUCGCUUAAAAUGCACAUUGAAGGUUGGCAAUCUGGAAAAAGUACAAGGAGUAAUGUUGAUCAUCCUCAGCCACAUUCUUUUGAAAACCCCAGAAAAGAAACCAAUCUUAUGGACACAGGAGAGGCAGAAACAUCUUUAGCUAGUACCGUUUAUGAUUCAACUAUACCUGAGGAGAUUGUUCAGAAAGAGGUAAUAGGUGUUGAAAUCCCUCAUGGUGAAACAGCUCUAUCCGAGCAAGUCCACGGAGCCUCUGAAGUUGAGGUUCUGAAAGCUGAAAACGAAGAGUCUCUUACAGCUGAGAUGUUAAAUGAUCAAGAGAAUAGAGUCCAGAAUAACGGUAUUUCUCAUGAAACUGGAAGCCCCACAAACGUGGAAAUUCGUGGGGAUAAACUUCCAGUUAUGGAUAGAAAUCCUUUCUUCAAAGCAGAGAACACAAAUCCAGCGCCUGCUUCAGAAAAGAUGAGUUUGGAGACAGUCCAGAUUCUUGCUGAUGCACUCCCAAAGAUUGCUCCAUAUGUUCUUAUACAACACCGAGAGGAGCUUCUCCCCUUAAUAAUGUGUGCAAUUGAGCGCCAUCCAGAUAGCACCACACGGGACUCUUUGACCCAUACACUGUUUAAUUUAAUCAAGCGUCCUGAUGAACAACAAAGAAGAAUUAUAAUGGAUGCUUGUGUUAAUCUGGCUAAGAAUGUAGGCGAGAUGAGAACGGAGACAGAAUUGCUUCCUCAAUGCUGGGAACAGAUUAAUCACAAAAAUGAGGAGCGUAGGCUGCUCGUUGCUCAAUCAUGUGGAGAGCUUGCAGGAUUUGUUCGCCCUGAGAUACGUGAUUCUUUGAUCCUGUCUAUUGUGCAACAACUAGUUGAAGAUUCUGCAACAGUUGUCCGUGAAGCUGCCGCUCACAAUCUGGCAUUGUUGCUUCCACUCUUUCCCGAUACGGAGAAAUAUUUCAAGGUUGAGGAACUGAUGUUCCAAUUAGUCUGUGACCCUGCUGGAGCUGUUGUGGACGCUACACUAAAGGAGUUAGUUCCUGCUUUGGUCAAAUGGGGAAACAAGUUGGACCACAUAUUAAGCGUCUUGCUCUCACAUAUCAUAAGCUCUGCGGAGCAUUGCCCACCCCUUUCAGGGGUUGAAGGUUCUCUUGAGUCACAUCUACAUGUCUUGGGUGAACGUGAGCGUUGGAACAUUGAUGUUCUGUUAAGGAUGCUAUCAGCAUUGCUUCCAUACGUGAACCACAAAACAAUUGAGACAUGUCCAUUUUCUUCUGCUUCAGAAUCCGCAGGGAUGUUAUUGUCCGAAUCCCUGCUGCAACUAUAUGCUCGGGGUCAAGUGGAAUGGUCUGCAUUUGAGUGGAUGCACAUGGAAUGUCUCCCCCAUUUAAUACAGCUUGCCUGUUUGUUGCCCCAGAAAGAAGAUAGUCUAAGAAAUCGGAUUGUGAAGUUUUUGUUGGCUGUAUCUGAACAAUACGGAGAUUGUUAUCUGACACACAUAAUGCUGCCAGUUUUCUUGAUAUCAAUUGGUGACAAUGCUGAUCUAACAUUCUUCCCGUCUUCCAUUCAGCCAAAGAUUGAAGGUUUGAAACCACACAGUUCAGUGAUGGAGAGACUUGCUACCAUGUGUGUUCUGCCAUUGCUAUUGGCAGGCGUUUUUGGUGCUCCUAGCAAGCGUCAACAAUUGGAAGAAUAUCUCAAAAAGCUCUUAGUUCAAGAUACUUCUGACGAACCACACAGACUACAUGCCGAAAUAGUUGACGCUGUCCGCUUUCUCUGCACCUUCUCAGAGCACCAUAGCAUGAUAUUUAAUAUCUUAUGGGAGAUGGUUGUUAGUUUCAACAUCGAUAUGAAGAUUAGUGCUGCGAACUUGCUGAGAGUUUUGGUUCCUUAUAUUGAUGCAAAAUUGGUCUCAACUCAUCUUCUUCCAGCCCUUGUCACACUUGGUUCUGACCAGAACCUGAGUGUCAAGUAUUCCAGCAUAGAUGCAUUUGGCUCUGUUGCUCAACAUUUUAAGAGCGAUAUGAUUGUUGACAAAAUAUGCAUUCAAAUGGAUGCUUUCUUGGACGAUGGAUCUCAAGAAGCAAUGAUUGCCGUAGUCCGUGCAUUAGUGGUUGCUGUACCCCAUACGACAGAUAAACUUAGAGACUAUCUUUUGUCUAAGAUUUUCCAAUUCACAGCAUCUCCUGUUCCUACAAGUGAUGUCACGCGUCGUCGUGAGAGAGCUGAUACAUUUUGUGAGGCAAUUCGUGCUUUAGAUGCUACAGAUCUUUCUGCUGCUAGUGUCCGAGACUACCUUUUACCUGCUAUUCAAAAUCUAGUAAAGGAUCAUGAUUCACUUGAUCCAGCACACAAGGAGGCACUAGAGAUCGUAAUGAAAGAAAGAUCUGGUGGGGCCUUUGAUGCUAUUAGUAAGGCAAUGGGUGCUCAUCUUGGAAUUGCUUCUUCAGUUACAAGCCUUUUUGGUGAAGGUGGGUUACUAGGCAAGAAGGAAACUCUAGAUUCUAUGGCGGAAAUAAGUGAGCCCCCUCAGCCAUCCCCACCCCCUGCUGCAGAAGACACAAGAUUUAAACGGAUCAUGAGAGGCAAUUUUACUGAUAUGCUUCGUGGUAAAACAAAAAACCAGGACGACAAUGUGUCACACCAAUGAAAUUUUGUAUAAAUUGUGCAGCAACUCCAUCCUUAUUCAUGUUCAAAGUUAUUAGCGUUUUUACAUGACGUAAAGCUUUCUUUCCGUGAAAUUUCUUUGUAUUAUUGUUCCUUCUGUCGAUUUAUACCAAGUAUAUGUACAGAACUCUGUCGAAAGUUUUGCACUUGCUAUUCAGCAUA